CCGUUAGUUUCACUGAUCGCCACAACGAGAGCAGCGCCUUUCGUCGCCUGCUGGUUGUGUCAAAAAACGAGUAAGCCUAGAGUAAUACAUUAAAAAAUAAGGAAAAAAACGAAUAGCAAGUACGUGAACGUUGAAGAUUAUUGCAGUGUAGUAUAAGAAAAACAGGAGGGUAAAUUUUUCGUGACGAGAAGUCCGUGGGGGGGUGGUUGGAAAUAGUGCGAGGACGUCCUCGCACUUUUGAAGAAUUGAAAAAGUCGAAGCAAAAGGCGGCCUCGGGAUAGAUCUUACAGAAAGAAGCCUAGAAACUGCUCUACGCACGAAAAGUGGAUCUCAGGGCGAAGAUGCGAGCUGUAGGUAUCGUGCUGAUUAGCGUCGCACUUACGUGCGCUGUUAUCGGCAAUGCCUACUAUCAAAAAAAGCAGUUCUACCCAUCGGUCGUCUACAUAACCAAAUCUAAUCCCAGCAUGGCUGUUAUUUAUGUCCAAGGUCUUAUACUUGUUUUAAUGGCAAAUACUUUUUUGAGAAAAAUUUUCUUUGGAAAUCUAAGAGCAGCAGAAUUUGAACACUUAAUGGAAAAAUUAUGGUACGCAGUGACAGAAGCUUGUUUAGCAUUUACUGUUUUUAGGGAUGAUUUUAGUCCAAAGUUUAUUGCUCUGUUUACAUUACUUUUAUUUUUAAAAUCAUUUCAUUGGUUGGCUGAAGAUCGAAUUGACUAUAUGGAAAGAAGCCCAGUAAUAACAUGGCUGUUUCAUGUCAGAGUAGGCACACUAUUAGGAAUUUUAUUUUCUAUAAAUCUAGCCAUGUUUAAUUAUGCAUACACUUCAACAAUUGCUAAAGGAGCAUCUGUUCAACUUGUAUUUGGCUUUGAGUAUGCUUUACUGUUAACUGUUGUUUUAAAUAUAAAUGUGAAAUAUAUACUUCAUACAAUUGAUUUACAAAGAGAUAAUCCUUGGGACAAUAAACCUGUAUUUUUGUUGUACACUGAAUUAAUCAUUGGUUUGGUUAAGGUUACUUUAUACAUCGCAUUUGUUGCAAUUAUGGUUAAAAUAUAUACCUUACCUUUAUUUACCUUCAGACCUAUGUAUUAUACAAUGAGAAACUUUAAGAAAGCUUUUCAUGACAUUGUCAUGUCUAGAAGAGCUAUAAGAAAUAUGAAUACGUUAUAUCCUAAUGCAACACCUGAAGAAUUAGCUGCUGCUGAUAAUGUUUGCAUUAUUUGCCGAGAGGAAAUGGUUGCCGCAAGCAAAAAAUUACCAUGUAAUCAUAUAUUUCACACUGCUUGUUUACGAUCUUGGUUCCAACGUCAACAAACUUGUCCUACCUGUAGAUUAAAUAUUUUAAGACCUACAAUUAUGCAAACAAGACAACAAAAUCAAGCUCAACCACCUGCUGCACCUGCUCCACAGCCUAUCCCUGCUCAAGGACCAAAUCCACAACCAGGACCAGCUCCCUUUCAGCUUCCUGCUUUUUGGGCCAAUUUCCCACCACCUCCUCCACCAACACCAACACCAGGAACACCUGGAGCAUCUCAACAACCAGGUCCGAGCUCAACAUCUUCAACUUCUCAGACACCCUCUUUUCAAUCUCUUGGUCCUGGAAGUAUUCCUAUUUUUGCACCUUCCUUCCAUCCAAUCAUUCCUUUACCACCUGUACCCAUACCACCAACAAAUUUGACUGCUCUGAGCGAGGAAGAAUUAAGGAUGAUGGAGGGUAAUUUACGUCAAGCUGUUGAGGCUAGAAUAGAGACAUUAAAAAGAGUUCAGUUACUAUUAGAUGCAGGGAUUGCUAUGAUGAGUCAAUACCAGACCGUCACAACUAUUGCUAACAUUCCUUUAUCAAUGUCUACUACAAGUUUAAAAAAUGAAAAUUCAAGUUCAAAAAUGUCGAAUCCGAUGACGAAAAUAGGAGAAAAUUCUCAAACCAGUACUUCACAAAAUCAUAAAUCAAAUUAUUCUAAUAAAAUGAAAGCAUCGACUUCAAAGACUGUUGCUGAAGCAUCUACAGAAAGCAUAGCAGAAUCUUCAAUCACAAGUACUAAUGAAGCAGUGGCUACAACUUCGAGAGCCACUAGUGAGAUAUUGAGUGAACAAGAAUUACUAAGGCGAAGAAGAUUAGAAAAAUGUGCACAAGGAGAUCCUUCCAUCGAUUAAGUGGAUACCAGAUGUACUGAUUUACUAAUGUGUGCUUUUAAAAGUUGAUGGAUGAUUACUUUUAUUUAAUCUAUUAUUGGUUUCAUUAUAAAUGAUGAAUGUUUUUGAAUAAGACUA